AUGAAGUACGUUGUUGUAUCUGGUGGUGUCAUCUCUGGUAUUGGUAAAGGUGUUUUAGCAUCUUCUACUGGUAUGUUAUUAAAAACAUUGGGGUUGAAAGUAACUAGUAUUAAAAUUGAUCCAUAUAUGAAUAUCGAUGCGGGUACAAUGUCACCAUUGGAGCAUGGAGAAUGUUUUGUUUUAAAUGAUGGUGGGGAGACUGAUUUAGAUUUAGGAAAUUAUGAAAGAUAUUUGAAUACACAACUAACUAGGGACCACAACAUUACUACUGGUAAGAUUUAUUCACAUGUUAUCAACAGAGAAAGAAAGGGUGAUUAUUUAGGUAAAACGGUUCAAGUAGUUCCGCAUUUAACUAAUGCUAUUCAAGAAUGGAUAGAAAGAGUUAGCUGUGUUCCUGUGGAUGAUGAUCUUAAAGAGAAUGAAAGUAAACCUGAUGUUUGUAUUAUAGAAUUAGGUGGUACUGUUGGUGAUAUUGAAAGUGCACCAUUCAUUGAGGCAUUAAGACAAUUUCAAUUUAGAGUUGGUAGGGAUAAUUUUUGUUUAAUCCAUGUUUCCUUGGUACCAGUUAUCCAUGGUGAGCAAAAGACCAAGCCCACACAAGCUGCGAUUAAGGACUUAAGAUCUUUGGGUCUAACUCCAGAUAUGAUUGCUUGUAGAUGUAGCGAAAAGUUGGAGCAGCCAAGUAUUGAUAAAAUAGCCAUGUUUUGUCAUGUGGCUCCUGAACAAGUCAUCAAUGUGUACGAUGUUAAUAGUACCUAUCAUGUUCCGAUUUUAUUGAAGGAACAAAAAUUGUUACAGUUUUUAACUUGUAGAUUGAAAUUAGAUCAAGACAUCAAAAUUCCAAUUGAACUGAUUGAGAGAGGUGAAAACUUGUAUAACAACUGGAAAAAAUUGACUGAAAGUAUUGAUGAAAGUUAUAUUCCAGUUAAAAUUGCAUUGGUGGGUAAAUACACACAUUUAAAGGAUUCGUAUUUGAGUGUUAUUAAAGCAUUAGAACACAGUGCUAUGAAAUGUAAAAGAAAACUAGAAAUUUCCUGGGUGGAAAGUUCUGACUUGGAAGUUUCCUCUUCUGAAGAAGAUAAAGGGAAAUUUCAUCAAGCUUGGAAUAAAGUUACCUCUGCUGAUGGUAUCUUGGUUCCUGGUGGGUUUGGUAUUAGGGGUGUUGAAGGUAUGAUGGCUGCUGCCAAGUGGGCCAGAGAAAAUAAUGUUCCAUACUUGGGAGUUUGUUUAGGUUUACAAAUUGCCACUAUUGAGUUUGUCCGUGAUGUUUUAAAUAUUUCUAAUGCCACCUCUUGUGAAUUUGAUGAAAGUUUAGAUGAAAAUGAUGAAAAAAGUGUGGUUAUUUACAUGCCUGAAAUCGAUAAGGAGAAAUUAGGUGGCACCAUGAGGUUAGGUUUAAGACCAACACACUUUGUCGCUGAAGAUGAGGGAAAUAGCAAUAGUUGUAAAAUCAAGAAGUUGUAUGGUAACGCCAAUGUUGUGCAUGAAAGACACAGACACCGUUACGAGAUCAAUCCAAGGUUGAUUGAGACAUUGGAAAACCAUAAUUUUAAAUUUGUUGGUAAGGACGAAACCGGUCAAAGAUGUGAAAUCUUGGAGUUACCUGAUCAUCCAUUUUAUGUCGCAACACAAUAUCAUCCUGAAUAUAAAUCCAAAGUUUUGGACCCAUCCCCACCAUUUUUGGGGUUGGUGGCCGCUUCUGCCGGUAUAUUGGAUCAAUUUUUAAUAAGCAGCGAAUACAACAAUGAAGGGAACGGUUACUCAAACGGUUUAAAAGCAGAAUUUUAA